CCCACCCUCCCUCAAGCUGCAGUAUAUGAGAGGGUCUCCUGGGUCUGGCUUCACUGCAGUGUAGAAAAGGGCAGGGCGGCUCUUUUAGUAUGAUGCGCUGAAGGAUGGUGCACCAGGAGAAACGCGUUUACCAGGCCCAGAGGAAUGAGAGAGAGUCCAUCAGGCAGAAACUUGCCCUUGGCAGUUUCUAUGACGACGAGCCCGUCAUUUACACCAGCUGCAGCAAAAACGGCCCAUCCUCCCGACUGCAGAGUGGGGUGAACCUGCAGGUGUGUUUUGUUAAUGACAGCAGCAGUGACAAAGACAGUGAUGCUGAGGACAGCAGGACAGAGACCAGCCUGGACACACCACUGUCACCUGUGAGCAAGCAGAGCUCAUCGUUGUCGGACCGAGACACAGCAGAGGAGGACUCAGACCCGUUAGAUGACUGCGGUGGGUUCUGGCGGGUGCAGAGGAGGCUGCAGGAAGAGGCCCGGGUGGCGCUGGCCCUGGCUCGACCCAUGGCCCGCAUGCAGGUGGAGGUGGAGAGGCAAAUCCAGCUGCACAGACGUUCCCCUGUGGCUGACUUGCUUCCCCAUCUGCCCCACAUCAGCGAGGGCUUGAUGAAGAGGAAUCUGAGGCGAGGGGACAUGAGGGACAUGAGCCUUGGACAGCUGCAAGUCAUCACAAAUGACUUACACUCACAGAUUCAGAGUCUAAAUGAGGAGCUGGUACAGUUGCUGCUGUUGAGGGAUGAGCUGCAUGUAGAGCAGGACGCCAUGCUGGUGGACAUAGAGGACCUCACCAGGCAUGCUCACAGCCAUCAGCGGCACCAGGCAGAGAAAGCCAUCUCCAAAUAAAACCCUUCCUCACGUGUGUCCGUCUGCACGCCAUCUUGACCUCCCACUUCAUGGACUGUCACCAUUACUAAUGGAAAACCAUCUUUGCUGACCGUUCCUGGAGAAAUUAAUGCACCAUAUUCUGUAAUGUUAACACACAGGCACACUUAUAAUGUAUCCCAACACCAGGAUGUUCGGAGAGGACCCAACAUCUAAAAGGAGGCUGAGUCAUUGCUGCGUUCAGUAUGAACAUUGUUGAGUUUGUGCAGCUUUUUCAUCAUGCCAUAUUACAUAGAAUUAGGGGAAUCCUCUCAACUUAAUUUGUUCCCUAACUCUGAGUUACCUCCUCACGAUGUUGCACGGUACACUCGUGCAUAUUAAUACUGGGUUACAGAGAGAGAGCGAGAAAGAGAGACCCUGCAGACCUUGCUUC